AUGCACUCUCAGGACGACGAUCUUUUUGGCGCAGACGGAUGCCUCGCAAAUGCAUCACUGCAGAAAAAUGGGGCCACAUUUUCCACUCUGUCCCACCUGCGCACUCACGAUCUCCAAGGAUCGCCGCUCUACACGUUCGAAGGAACGUACAUCUCUGACAAUUCAUUGAGCCCGGAGACCCCCACUGCAUCGUCAAGAUACAGUUCAUCCUCUCUUUUGAUGCCCUCCAGGCUUGCCGACCCCCCGGGCUUGGGCGACAGCUUCAGUGCCUCUACAAGCCUGCAAGAGACGGGCCCCAUGUUCCGUAACAUGCAUCCUUCCGGCGCCGAGUACACUCGCUCGUUGAGACACGCUGAGAUUCUGAGUGCGAAGCUGCGCGAGCUCGAGAAGGUCAACGCCGAACUCACGGCAACCGUGCGAACACUGCAGCAUGCCUACAAGGUGCUUGCCACCGCGCAGCCCCGUAUGCUGGCCACGUCAGGCAACCCAUUCAACCUCGCCGUCACCCCGGACGCCGGCUGGGAUGUCAAAUCCCUCCUCGCUUGCGAGGACGCCCCCAUUAUCAAAUUCAACUCCGAGAAGCAUGCGAACCUCAAGUUCUUCUCUCGGAAGCACUUUAAGCCCUAUAUGAAGGGACAGCCGAAGCACGAUCUCGCAACAAAGCAGAUGGAAAUCGGUAAAAGCGGACGCACUCGGGGUGUUCCGAUAUUCCUAGAGAGUCUAGACGGCACUAUCAUGGCAGCUGAUCGUUACUCAGACCUGCGUGCGCACUGCCGCAACGUCCUCCAGACUCUGGACGACACCGACAACGCGCCAGAGGUGUGGAGCAAAAUCAACGACGCUGCACUUAACUAUGUGAUCGUUCAAGUCGGCAAGGUCUUCCCGGAAGUACAGGAGUGCGAGAACCACUGGAAGCUCAAGCACCUCAUGAUGAACAUGUACUCCGACUUCGGCCGCGACAGGUCUAACACGGCGCCCAAGAAAGACGCCACCGCCAAGAAGGCCGCCUCGAAGAAGCGACCUCUCCCGGAUGGCGAUGCCAACUCGGCGGCACCGGAUCCCAAGCGGCAGGCGACCACACCGGGUUCCCAGACCCCAUCGGAGGUUCCCUCCCCCCUUGCGUGUUGA